AAGAGGGAACAAAUUCAGUUAUAAAUUCACCUUGCAACGCUUCUUUGGCUUUCGUCAAACCCUCGUCAAGUCUCAACCACCUCACUCACAAUCAUUCAAUGCGUACCUCCUCCGCCGUUCCUCCGGCCACCGCGCCGGUGAAAGAUCACUCUCCAACCGCAUCGGACUCUGAAGAAUACGAGUACGAAGAGGUUGAAAUAGAAGAAGAGGUAGAAGUUGAAGAAGAAGUCUCCGACGACGACGACGACGAAGAAGAAGAAUUCGAAGAAGUAGAAGUAGAAGAAGAAGAAGAAGAAGAAGAGGAAGAGGAAGAACAACAAGAAAAAGAAGAUGUAUCUCGGUCAAUCGAAGACCUAGAAGAUGUAAAUAUUCCUCCAGUUGCCGCACCGGUCAAAGAUCGGUCUUUAACCGGAUCGGACUCUGAAGAAUACGAGUAUGAGGAAAUGGAAAUAGAAGAAGAGAUAGAAGUUGAAGAGGAAGUCUCUGAUGACGAAGAAGAAGAAGAAGAAGAAGAAGAAGAAGAAGAAGUAGAGGAAGAAGUAGAAGAAGAAGAAGAAGUAGAGGAAGAAGUAGAGGAAGAAGUAGAGGAAGAAGAAGAAGCAGUAGAAGAGGAACAAAAAGAAGAACGGCAACAAGAAAAAGGGAGCGCUGAAGAUGUAUCGCGCUCAAUCGAAGACCCAGACGAUGUAAAGAGGAAAGAAAAAAUCGUAUCGGAUGAUGAGAAAGCUUCUCAAUGUGACGGUGGAAUCAUGACUGCUGAGACCACUAAAAUCGUAUCUGAUGAUGAGAAAGCUUCUCAAUGUGACGGUGGAAUCAUGACUGCUGAGACCACUAAUUCCGUCAAUGAAUCCAGUAAACCCAUCACCGUUGGAGAUUCAGUCGAUGAAUCUGACAAAGUUCCACGUUCCAAAGAGCAAACUACACAGAUGGACAUAAAGGAUGUGAAUGAUGCACAUCUAACGGAACCCGAGUGCACUCGUGUUUUGGUACUUGCUGAGACCACUAAUUCCGUCAAUGAAUCUGGUAAACCGGUCACUGUUGGAGAUUCAGUUGAUGAAUCUAACAAAGUUCCACGUUCCGAGAAGCAGCAAACUACACAGAUGGACAUAAAGGAUGUGAAUGAUGCUAAUCUGACGGAACCCAGAUUGGAUGUUGAUGUUCCCUUGAUAAGACCUCGAAGUUCGUCACCUGCAGUGGAAGUUAACAAAGGAAACAAACGCCCAGCUCUUGUUUGUGAAUUCUUUGCAAAAGGUUGGUGCAUUAAGGGGACUUCUUGUAAGUUUCGUCAUAUAAAAGACCCGCCUGUUGACCAACAAAACGAGCCUCAGAAAAGUCAACCUCAGGACGAAGGUGUAAAAGAAAGCAUGGGAAAAUCUGAUAAUCUGGCAACUUCUGCAACUACAUCGACUCUCAUUGCUUGUUCUUCUAAUACUGUAACGAAUCCUCCUGUUAAUAAUAAAUCUCUCGGUAACCCGUUCAUGGGCCCAAACGCGCAUAGAACCAGUUGGGCUUCUUUUGCACCGAAACCCCAAGAGUUCAGUGGUAAAGGAUACCACUUUGGGAUUCAUAAUCACGGUUAUAACGUAACUAAUCAUGAUACGGUUUGGCCUAGGGCUCCAACUUUUUUAAGUUCACUGUCUCAGAAGUCGAAUUUGAAGUCUUCUCGUUAUGAGUGGGUGCCAUCAAAGCCUUUUAGGUCUACAUUUCUUAUUUCUCAAGGAAUAUAUAGUUCAGAUAUUCAGUAUGAUCCAAUUCGUGAUAGUAUUGAGCAACCGACAAAAAACGGUGAUAAGUUAUCAAAAUUUUCAUCUUCCAGUCGUGUGCCGUCAAUUUCUGGUACACAUACGCCUUUACAAGAGAAGUUAAAAACAGAUAUUGGAUCUGAUAGAGUCUCUGUCGGCAGUCAUGUAAACGGCAAUGAUGAUGACAUCGAUAUGGAUGUGGAUAGCAAUGAGAUUGCUGACACGAAACACGAGGAUGCGAAAAGUGAAAGUAAAGGGAAAAGACAUAUCGGUGAUGUAAUACAAGCAAGUGAAGUACAUGCUAGUGGUCACUAUUCUCUUCAACAUACCGACGACGGGCCUGCAAAAGAAGCUAAUAGUUAUAAACUAGAUUUUGAUGCUGAAGCUGAUAUGCAUAGAGAAUCUAAAUCUGUUAGACAUUUUCGUGCUUCUUUGAUAGAGUUUGUGAAAGAAUUAGUGAGACCAUCUUGGCGUGAUGGUAAAUUGAGCAAAGAUGCCCACAAACUUAUCGUUAAAAAGACUGUUGAUAAGGUUCUCACCAGUUUACCAACAGAGCAUGUUCCGGAUGUACAAGAGUCUAUUGACACUUAUCUUUCCUCAUCACAACCAAAACUUAUGAAACUUGUUGAGGGUUAUAUUGAAAAGUAUGGAAAAUUGUGACAUCCUCGUAAACGGUACAAGAAUCAUCCUACUUGUUAGAUGUCAUGAGUUUGUUUCUAUGGGAAUCUCUUUUUUUUUCGUCUUAAGGGGAAAAUGACGGUUUAGAAGUUUCAUAUGUGGCUAAUUGGCUUAUGUGUAUUUGUUGCGUUAAACCUAAUGAAGAUAUAUUGGCGUUGUUAAGGUGUUUCGGUGUAUUGCUUUUACGAACUUUAACCAAUGUACAUUGGUUUAAUUUAGAUGCAUUUGGAA